AUGUGUGUAAUAGAAGAAGACUUCCUAUUCCUUGGCUCUCGUCUCGGCAACUCUCUACUCUUGAGAGUGACGGAGAGAGAGAACAGAAUGUUGUUCUCUGUAGACAAGCCGUUGGAAGCUACCGUUGAUCUCACCGUGUCGGAAAAUGCGGAGCACCAAGCCCAACAGUCACAACAAGCCCAACAGUCGCAACAAGCCCAACAGUCGCAACAAGCCCAACAAGCCCAAACAGCGCAACAAGCACAACAGUCGAAGGAAGACCCGGCGGCCAAGAAGCGUCGUUUAGACACUAUCAGUGACUGUGUGGCCACCAAUGUGAUAGAAAUCAGUGAUAAAGAUGAACUCGAAGUGUACGGAUCUGAUAUUAGGACUUCUACUCAACUUACUAGCUAUGUUUUUGAGGUAUGCGACUCGCUGCUGAACAUUUGCCCCAUCGGCGACGUGUCGAUGGGCGAGCCGCAGCUGGUGAGCGAGGAGGCGGCCGACACCGAGCCGCGCGCGCCGCUACUGGAGCUCGUCGCGUGCAGCGGCCGCGGCAAGAACGGCGCGCUCACCGUGCUGCAGCGCGCCGUGCGCCCGCAACUCAUCACGUCCUUCAACCUGCCCGGUUGUAUAGACAUGUGGUCUAUCCUGGGAGAGACCCCGGAGGGCGCGCGCGAGUCGGAGGGUGCGCACGCGUACCUUAUACUCACGCAGGAGGACGGGAGCAUGGUACUGCAGACAGGUCAGGAGAUCAAUGAGGUGGACAGUUCUGAGUUCAUGACGGGUUCCCCAACAAUAUUCGCGGGCAACCUCGGGAACAACAAGUUUAUGGUACAAGUCACUACGACUUCCAUACGACUUGUUAAAGGCGGCAGUCAGCUCCAGACGAUCCAGUUGGAGUGGACGGCCGCGUACGCCGGCGUCGCGGACCCCUACCUCUGUGUACUGUCUCUCUGUGGCCGGGCCAUCGUCCUCGCACUCAGGGAGUUCCGGGGGAAGGACGGCAGCUCGUCAGGUCGUCUGGCCCCGACCCGUCAAUCAGUGCCUCACAGACCGCCAUUACUGCGUGCGACAGUAUACAGAGACCUUAGCGGACUGUUCACUCCACCUGAUGCAGGGAAUGCGCAGGUUAAAGGUGAGUUCAGUGGUAAGAUGAAAGGUAAAAACGUGAAAGCAGAAGGAUUCAAGCCUGGCGCAGUGUAUGAACUUAAUGAUGAAGACGAACUAUUGUAUGGAGGGGACCAGACACCUGCGUCAAUGGCUAGCAUUAUGUUAGCAGAACAAUCAAAGAACCCAGGAGUACCGCGUCGUAUAUCUCGGUGGUGGAAGAAAUAUCUGGUGGAAGUAAAGCCGACAUAUUGGCUAUUCGUGCUCCGUCUGAAUGGUAACCUGGAGAUAUACUCGUUGCCUGAGAUGAGACUCAGCUUCCUUGUACGGGACGCUUGCGCCGGGAACAGGAUCCUAGCAGACAGUUUGGAAUCGGUCCCCAUACCCAGCGGAGGAAUUGACGAGGAGGAAUUGGGGGGCAGUGCGCAGAAUGCGGAUGCGGACAAAUGUAGGGAACUGUUAGUUGUUGGGCUGGGACAUAAAGGGGCACGGGUACUCAUGUUGAUGCGGUGUGAGGACCAACUCAUGAUAUAUCAGGCGUACAAGUACCCCCGCGGCAACCUGAAGCUCAGGUUCAGUCGCGUGCGAGUAUCGUUUCCCUUCGGAUACAGCUCGGAGCCACUGUCCUCGCCCGACGACUCGUACGAGACCGCGCUACUCAAGGAGAAUGUUAGGCAGUGUCGAUACUUCAGUAACGUGGGCGGGUACAACGGAGUGUUCGUGUGCGGGCGCACGCCUCAUAUAAUACUAGUGUCCGCGCGCGGCGAGGUGCGCGUGCACGCGCUGGCGCACGACCACGCGCCCGUGGCCAGCUUCGCGCCCUUCCACAACACCAACUGUCCGCAGGGCUUCCUGUACUUCAACGCCAAGUCGUCGCUGCGCAUCAGUGCGCUGGCGACGCACCUGUCGUACGACGCGGCGUGGCCGGUGCGCAAGGUCCCGCUCCGCGCCACGCCGCACUUCGUCACGUUCCACGUCGAGUCGCGCACCUACUGCCUCGUCGCCUCCACCAGCGCGCCCACGCAGGCCUACUACAAGUUCAACGGAGAGGACAAGGAGAAGACCAGCGACAACAAGGGGGACAGAUUCCCCUACCCACACCAGGAUAAGUUCUUCGUGACCCUGUUCUCCCCGGUAUCCUGGGAGAUCAUCCCCAACACUCGCAUCGAGCUGGACGACUGGGAACAUGUCACCUGUCUGAAGAACGUCUCCCUGUCUUAUGAGGGGACCAGAUCUGGUCUUCGAGGUUACAUAGCAAUAGGAACUAACUAUAAUUAUAGUGAAGACAUUACGUCUAGAGGGAGGAUAAUAAUCUACGACAUCAUAGACGUGGUCCCCGAGCCAGGCCAGCCCCUGACGAAGAACAGGUUCAAGGAACUGUACGCCAAGGAACAGAAGGGACCUGUCACUGCACUCACACAGGUGCUCGGGUAUCUUAUAUCCGCUGUAGGACAGAAGAUCUACAUAUGGCAACUGAAAGACAACGACCUGGUGGGCGUGGCGUUCAUAGACACGCAGAUAUACGUCCACAAGAUGUUGUCGGUGAAGAACUUGGUGCUAGUGGCCGACGUGUACAAGUCCAUCUCGCUACUCCGCUACCAGGCGCAGCAUAGGACACUGUCUCUUGUGUCUAGAGAUCUUAGGAGUGCUCAGAUAUACGACAUGGAGUUUAUGGUGGACAAUACAACGCUUGGGUUCCUAGUGAGCGAGGCUGAAGGCAAUCUCGCACUGUUCAUGUACCAGCCACAGGCUAGGGAGAGCUACGGAGGCCAGCGUUUGAUCCGCAAGAGUGACUACCACCUGGGCCAACAAGUCAACGCCAUGUUCCGCAUCAACGCGCGCCCCGACCCCAGCUCCACUCACAGGAGACAUGUCACCAUGUUCACGACCCUGGACGGCGGCGUGGGCUACGUGCUGCCAAUAACGGAGAAGAUGUACCGGCGACUACUCAUGCUGCAGAACGUCAUGAACAACUACUGCUGCCACGUCGCGGGACUCAACCCCAGGGCGUACAGGACGUACAAGAGCUCGCGCCGCUCGGUGGGCGGCGGGCCGGCGCGCGGCGUGCUGGACGGAGACCUCGUCGCGCUCUACACCACCAUGCCCAACGCGGAGAAACUUGAUAUUGCAAAGAAAAUCGGAACAAAAGUAGAAGAGAUAAUGUCCGACCUCUACGAGAUAGACAGACUGACUGCACACUUCUAG